AUGGCGACUGCCGGAUGCCGCCGCAAGUUAAUCUCCACCAUGCCUCUAUCUCCCCUGCUCCUCCUCCUGCUGCUAUCCCUCGCUCCCUCCGCCUUCCCCGCUGCGUCCGCCGCCACCGCUGCUGCUGGUGCCGAUGCUGCCGGUACUGCUGAUAAUGGUGCCAGUUCCGCUGGUAUCGGCUUCGGGUUUGUCAACGAUCUCACCCUUCCCUCCUCCUCCGCGCUGUACGGCGCCCAGGACGGGCGCUCACUCUCAGGCAGCCACGUGGCACGACGCCACAGGUCGCUGCAGGACCAGCCAACGGCCGUCCCGCCGCCCAGCACAGGCAAAGACGCUCCCGCCACCAACGGACCUGCCAUUAACUCACCUGUCAACUCACCUUCUGUUAACUCACCUUCCAUUGGCUUACCGGCCAUUCGCUCACCACCCUCCGCGCCUGCUCCUCCCGUCCCUGCUAAUUCACCCCCUGUUGAUCCGGGAACGGACGAAAACGGCAACCCGGUGAAACCGGGGGAGGUGGCGUUUCAGCGGAACGUUCCGCCGUCCCCGCCGCCCCCACCGCCGCCCCCUCCGGUCGUCUCUUUCAUGCAAGGCACCUACAUCAACUGCGGCAGCAACGAAUCGCUCAAGAACCCGCUGUACACCUGGGAGGCGGAUCCCUUUUCGGGCAGGUUCGGGAGGAGUUUCCGGGCAGGCGUGAUCAAGACGACGAUGAAUCGGACGGUGGCGGCGGGCAGGAUGGGGAAUGGGAAGGUUGAGUUUAGAGAGACUGGGUUGCUGAAGACGCCCCCAGGGGUGGAUGCGCGGGUGUUUGAGACAGUGCGGUUCUUUAAUGACCUCGCCCCCAACGUUUCUACUUACACAAUUCCGGUCCCCGGCCCUCCCACCAACGUGUUUGUCCGCCUGUACUUUGCUGAGAUCAUCUACACGACAGCCAAGCUGCGGCGCUUCCACGUGGCAGUGGAGGGCGCGCCCGUGCUGACCAACUACAGCGUGCCACGUGGCACUGUGCGAGUGGAGGAGUUCGUUGUGCCCGUUCUGGACGGCUCUGUGGACAUUGCGUUCAUCCGGGGGGAGAUUGGCGAGCCCAUGAUCAGCGCCAUUGCGGUGGUGCCACUCACAGCCGGCAUGUACAACCUCUCUGCCCCCACUGCCACAUCGCGCAUCAUGGCCACGGACUAUCGCUUCGGCUGCGGUCUCUUCCUCCCGAUCACCGACCUCACUCAGAGGAUUUGGAACCUGCUACCCUCUGAGGUCUACACGCCCAAGGACCCCGGGUCACGGCGCUACAACAAAACCGAGUCAGCGGCCCUCACGUGGCCGCAGACUGCUGACAACGCCGACAAGCCGCCCUUCAUGUUCCCCCUCGACCUCACCACGGCGGGGUUGCACUCAGUAGAGUAUUCCAGCUACGCGGGCUACAACGACAACACCUUCCUCAACUUCUCCCUCCCCGUCGACCCCAACACCGCCUACCGCAUCGAACUUGGAUUUGAGGAGCUCUGGUACUACUACACCGCGCGUCUGUUGGACAUCUAUGUGGACAGCGAGCUGAUGGUCAAGGAGCUUGAUCUGGCCACUGUGGCGGGUGUUGGUGUGCCCUUUGUCGUCACACUCAAGGCUGUCUCGGGUCCUUCAGGCUUCAUGAACAUUUUUCUCAACACCUCCACCAACUCCCUUCACAACAACGUGUUCAUAAGCACGCUAGAGCUUUUCCGAGUGAUCCCCAUCGACCCCACCAACCAGGCUGCUCUCCUCUCUGCCGCCAAGCCUCUCCCUCCGCCCGCUCCCUUCGCUGCUGCUGACACCACCGCCGCUUCUGCCUCAUCCCAGUCCUCCUCUGCUGCGCUAGGCGUAGGCAUAGCGGUGGGCAUGGGGAUCAUUCUCCUCCUCCUCGCCUCGCUCGCCACCUGCAUCGUUCUCAGAGCUCACUACCGCAACAGGCAGGCACGCAUUGCAGCAGCGGCCGCAGCAGCAGCAGAAGCAGAGGCAGGCUACUACGACGGCACUUCUUCAGCCAAGUCCAAGAGCGGCUCUGGUGGUGCUGCUGGCGGUGGCGGUGCUUUCUCCGACAGUGGAAUCCUGGCUCUCAUCUCGGGCAAAUUCGGCUCCUCUGCAGAAGACGACAAGCACAAGGCGUUCAAGAAUCUCGAUGCCGAAGCCACAGCCAAGACCGGCCUCUUUGGAGCGCGCAUCUUCUCCCUCGCUGAGCUCCGCCGAGCCACCGACGAUUUCGCCCCGGGGAACCUCAUCGGGCAGGGCGGGUUCGGCAAGGUCUACCGAGCCACACUCGGAGGCUCGGCACGCGAUGACAGCGACGCCGAAGGCUCGGCGCCCGCCGUGCCUGGGUUCGAGGUCGCGGUGAAGAGGCUCGGGUCGGGGUCGCAGCAGGGGGCUUCUGAAUUUCUGACUGAAGUGCAGCUGCUGAGCCGGCUGCAUCAUAAGAACCUGGUGAACCUGAUAGGGUACUGCGAUGAGGACCCCAACCAGCUGAUCCUGGUGUAUGAGUAUGCUCCCAAUGGGACACUCAAGGACUAUCUCAGAGACGUGGUGCGCGUGAAAUCGCUCUCCUGGGAGCGUCGGCUGCGCAUCGCCACCACGUCCGCCAAGGGCAUUGAGUACCUUCACAACGGCGCCUCUCCUUCGGUUAUCCACCGUGACAUCAAGACGUCCAACAUUUUGCUCGACUAUGCCUUCAACGCCAAGGUCGCUGACUUUGGUCUCUCCAAGCUCGGCAAGAAGGCCCCUGCCACCAUCGGCAUGGGCGUGGAGGAGAAAUCAUAUAUGAGCCACAUCAGCACGCGCGUCAAGGGCACUCUCGGCUACCUGGACCCCAUGUACUACACGAAGCAGCACCUCACGGACAAGAGCGACGUGUUCAGCUUCGGAGUCGUGCUGCUGGAGCUGCUCACAGGCCGCCUGCCCAUCUGGCAGGAAGACGAUGCUUCUGGGCUUCAGAACGGGGGCGAGUCACUGAUUAACCUGGUUGAAUGGACGGAGCCGUUUCUCAAGUCGGGUCAGAUUCGUCCUAUCGUAGCGCCGACUCUCGAUGUGGACCGGCACAUGCAGAGCCUCAUGAAGGUGGCUGACCUCGCCUACCGCUGCGUGCGCACUCAGCCCAAGAGCCGGCCCGCCAUGGCCGAGGUGGUCCGCGUUCUCGCAGAGGCCAAGGCCCUUCUCGACGCCGAGGGCCCCACUCCCUCCUCCUCUGCUCUCCCCCUCCCCACCCCCUCUGCUGCUGCUGCUGCUGCCGCCUCGAUUUCUGGUGGUGCUGGUUCUGCUGGUGGUUCUGCUGCUGGUGCAGGGAAUUCUCUGCUUGAGUCGUCCCUGAAGGUGGGGGAUGGGGAGUCGGCGUUGCUGAUGGAUGAGGCUGGAGAUGCUUUCGUGCCCCAUGCUUCUGUCUCUGCUGCUGCUGCGGCUGUGGUGGGAUCAGAUGGUGCGGGGGAUUACACGAAUCCGUUCUCGAUCAGCGUUAUUUCGGAGUGA